AUUCGGCUACAAGUAAGACGCGCUUUUCCUUCUCCUCUUCUUCCCCACUUUUUCUCUGUUGCAUCUUCCAAAGUAACGAAGAAAAAGAAGACUACAAUGAGUCAACCUCCUGCUGUUGGUGUUCCUCCUUCUCAAGGUUAUCCGGCGGAAGGACCACCGAAAGACGCUUAUCCACCCAAGGUCGACGCUUAUCCACCUCCGGGACAACCCUAUCCUCAGCAAGGUUAUCCUCCGCAGGGCUAUCCUCAGCAAGGUUAUCCUCCUCCCCAACAACAACAGCAGCAGCAUCACAGUCCUGGUAUGCUUGAAGGAUGUCUUGCUGCUCUGUGUUGUUGCUGUGUCUUGGACGCUUGCUUCUGAGUGAAGUCUCUGCUUGAAGCUGUCAAAUUGGUUCACCGAUGAUCUCAUCUUAUUCUCUCUUUUGUUUCUUUUCUGCUGAAUCAUAAAAUAGACUUGUGUUGUCGUCGUUUCUCUUAUUAGAUUGUUUGGAUUUUGCCAAUGGGAAUGUAAAUGGUUGGGAGACCCAAUUGAACAUCCUUUUUAUGCAAAGUUGCUCUUUAUUAGUUA